AUGGAGGGGAACGGCAUGGACCAGGAGAACACGGAUGAAACUCCCAUUCGGAGACCGGUAUCUUCCUUGCUAUCCCACUUCGAAAACCUCGCCCACCGUAAAAGCCAAUCGACUGUCGCUAACGGCUCGAAUGAUACCUCUAAUCGCUUCCUGACAACCCCUGAACCCGGUGACGACCACCGGUCCUCAAGCCGCGCCUCCUUGGAUCUGCCCCGGUCACACUCUCCAUGGAACACAACGGCCGAUGAACGACAGGGGCGCCGAAAUGAGCAAGUCAAUAGCGAGCAGUUACGAGCUCGCGGAUCUCCCGGAGUUCGAUAUGGCCGGCCCAUUUCCAUGAACUUCAACCAAUCGUCGCCACAACUUACACCUACCUUAACCGUCCAUUCACCCCAAUCGCCGCCGCGAGGUCUCGAGCGCGAGCUACAUACAGCUCAGCAGGAUAAUAGUCGCAUGACCAGACCCUCACUUCAGCGAACCAGAGAAUCGGUGUCUGCUGGUCCAGCAGCUUCUCGAUCGGUGGUGCCGCAGCUCGGUUCUUCUGUUCCGACUGGAGACACAAGUGCACGUCUCUCGCCCAAUGCUCCAGGGUUAAAUGGCAGUCGUUCGCAGUCAGAGCGAAAGUUAAAGAGUGCAUCGCUGCCUCCGCCAGUGAACCGGGCAGAUAAGCCAAAGGUCCCGGCCAAGCCGGCAAUGUUUUCUCACCCGGAUUCGAGCUCCUUAGCUCCUCGGCCAGAUCCAGCUUCGUCUGAGGGCCAUGUGUCUCCAUUCAGUACUCCUCCCAGUAGCCCGGAGAAAACCCCGACCAAACCUGUCUCUAUUGGGAAGAUAAGACCGUCGCCUGCACGGCCUACCACGGAGCCUCCGAGUCGACGCUCGUUUGACGAACGAUCACCCGCACCAUCUGCUUAUUCAAAACAAGAUGCUAGGGAGUUCGGCUUCUCUAGGACUCGUCCGGUCCGCGAACCUUCUCGGGCCUCCAAACCUCUCAUGGUACAAAUUCCGCCGGCGUCUCCCGCACCUCAGGAGACUUCUACUGCUCCUCCUCUUUCUGCGCAGAGGUUGCGGGCGAGCGACAGCCUCUAUGACCGUCCGGGUCUUCCUCCAAGACCAGCAGUUGCGCCUGCUCAGAGAAGUGAAUUCCUCCCUGCCCGAGAAUCUCCACAGCGCGUGGCUAGCCCAGCACAAAUGACACCAGUUGCUCGGUCUAUUCCUUCUUUCCCUCCUAUAAGUGAGACACCAAGCCAGCGCGAGAUACAGCGGCAGCAGUCUUUGCCCCGUGAAUCACAACUAUCAUCAGCAUACCAAGAGCGUCGAAUAGCGCGGACAGAUACAGAAGCAGAGGAAUUACCAGCCGAUGAACUCCCAGUUUCACGGACUGACUAUCCCGAUGCAUCAAAGGCGAACCGGCGUCCCCCGCUUUUGAAAUCAGGACCCAGGGAGAUUCUCACGCGAUACGAUACUCGGCUACUUGAUGUGUGCGGCAAAUAUGUGUGCACAACUGGAUACUUGACUCGUGUUUGGGACCUCACUACUGGAGAGCAAGUCUUGAGCAUCAGCCAUGGGGAAACAGUGAAGAGUCUGUCUCUCGCCUUCAAACCCGGCAAAGGUCUUGAAGACGAGGGCAAACGUCUUUGGGUCGGUACCAGCGCCGGGGAGCUGCACGAAAUCGACAUCGCAUCCCAAUCCAUUGUCGCUAGUCGGUCUUAUCCAUCUCGCAGAGAGGUCAUUCAAAUUCUACGUCAUAAGAAGGAAAUGUGGACUAUUGAUGACGAAGGCCGCUUAUUGGUCUGGGUGCCAGAUGAGACUGGUGUUCCCAAUUUACAGUACAGCUACCACUGUCCCCAUGAGCGAGUGGCCCGUGGCCAGUUCUCCAUGGUGGUUGAUGAUAAGCUUUGGUUGGCAGCAGGCAAAGACGUUUAUAUUUACCGGCCGAACACGCGUGAUGACACCUCAUUCAAGGUUUUCAAGCGCCCCAUAGGUCUGCAACAUUCAGGUGACGUGACUUGUGGUACAUAUACUACCCAGGACGGCGGUCGCGUGUAUCUUGGUCACGCGGACGGCAAAGUCACUGUUUAUUCGUCAACCGACUACUCGUGUCUGGCCGUGGUCAAUGUUAGUGUUUACAAGAUCAAUUGCCUCGGCUUUGUGGGCGACUACUUGUGGGCGGGCUAUAAAACUGGCAUGAUCUACGUGUACGACACGAGAACAAAUCCUUGGACUGUGAAGAAAGACUGGCGCGCGCACGACAGCCCUGUUUGUGACUUUGUGCUGGACACCAGUAGCGUGUGGACGAUCAACCGUCUGCAAGUAACUUCGCUCGGCACUGACAACUGCAUUCGGUUUUGGGAUGGAAUGCUGGAGGAUGACUGGUUAGACGCGCGAAUGCAAAAUAGAGACGUCGAGUUUUGCAAGUUCCGGGAGAUACGUACCGCCGUUAUUACCUGGAACGCUGGUGCUUCAACCCCUGGCAGUGUGCGCACGUCGGAUUUCAUCCGAGAUGCCGUCCAACCAGAGAACCCGCCGGAUAUCGUGGUGUUUGGAUUCCAGGAACUUGUUGAUCUGGAAAAUAAGAAGAUCACAGCAAAGAGCUUGUUGCUUGGUAGCAAGAAAAAGGAAAAUGGCGAGAAAGAACACAUGAGCCGGCAGUACCGGGUAUGGGCUGACCAUCUCACGCGGACUCUGCACGAGUGCAUGCCUCUCGAUGAAUCCUACGUUCUUCUACACACUGCCAACAUGGUGGGACUCUUCACCUGUGUCUUCGUCAAGCAUAAGGAGCGCCACAAUAUCAAGAGCAUCAAUGCUUCCGAGAUUAAGCGGGGAAUGGGUGGAUUGCACGGUAAUAAGGGUGCUCUGGUCUUCCGCUUCGUUCUAGACGACAGCUCGAUGUGCUUUGUCAACUGCCAUCUUGCAGCCGGCCAAACACAGACCGCUCAUCGCAAUAACGACAUUGCUGCGAUCCUCGAAGCAGAAGCAUUUCCCGCAGAGAACAGCCUCACAGCACGGACGGACCAAUACGCCAGUGGAGGGGACGGAUCCAUGAUCAUGGACCACGAGAUCUGUAUCCUAAACGGAGACCUAAACUACCGCAUUGAUUCCAUCCCUCGCAAUGUCAUCAUCGACGCCAUCCGCCAAAAUAACCUCAACAAACUUCUCGACCGUGAUCAACUCCUGGCAUCCCGCCGCAAGAAUCCCGGAUUCCGGCUUCGCAGCUUUACUGAAGCCCCCAUCACCUUUGCCCCGACCUAUAAAUACGACGUUGGUACUGACCAGUACGACUCGAGUGACAAGAAACGCUCUCCCGCCUGGUGUGACCGCAUUCUCUACCGUGGAGCCGGCCGCGUCAAGCAGCUGGAGUAUCGCCGGCACGAGGUCCGUGCUUCCGAUCAUCGGCCCGUCAGUGCGACCUUCAAGGUUCGCGUUAAAACAGUGCUCCCGCAGGAACGGGCCACCGUGUGGGAGGCGUGCCAGCAGGAGUUCCAGGAGGAGAAGCGGCGGCUAGCUUCUGAAGCUAGUAUCGAAUAUCUCAUCACUGUCCUCGGUACCGAUCCUCGCCAAGCUCGUUCGCUGAUCCUGAAGUGUCAAUGA